AUGGCAUCAACAUCAACGACAGCACCAACACCAACACCAGUGUUACCACCAGCUUCAUCAUCAACAAAUGAAGCAAUACAAACUGCACAAUUAGCUAAUCGAUUACAGUAUUUUCAUAUCAGUAGUGAUCAUAAUCCAAUAGGAAGACCUGUUAUGGUAAAUAAUGCGUCACCGCAUCCAUCGUGGACGCAACAUGAAAUAUUAGUUGAAGAUGGAUUGAUCGAGCGAUUCAAAGAUGCAAUCAAUGACUUUAUGAAGCGUCCUGGUCGUCGAUAUGCAUAUGAUGCUAACAUGCGUUGGAGUCUUGAACAUUGCCAUGAAAUAAGCUUUAGUGUUACUAUUUCAAUUAAGAAACCUACUGAUAUAGUUUGA